AUGACUACACGCGGACUGACUUCAACUCCUACUCUGCUUGCAGGUCUGGAGAAACCCGUGCACCCAAACCAUGACAGCCGGGUAAAGUACGUCCUCACCGUGAGUGGUCAUGACAACGACUUGGGUCUGAUACAAGCAGGUGGGAGCUACAACGUGUCCUUAUCGGGACAGUACGGAUCACAGUUCCGCCAGCUUGUGGUGGUGGCCAGCCGGGGACGACUUCAACCCCUCCCGGGUGUCUCUGGGCUGCGUGCCGGUACAUGUCUCGGGCUCUCCACGGUCACAAACACAGACAACCGAACCACGAACACGGUCUUUUUCACCUGGGUGGCACCUGACGAGCGCCCUCUGGAUGAAGAAUGUGUUACGAUCAGGGCGGCUGUCGUCGAUGAUAAACAGUUUCUCUAUCAAAACGAUGACCCACUGACCGCACAACUGUGCAGCUCAUCAUGGAAGCAAAGAAACCCGUCGAAACAAAGCAAAACUUCAACCUUACAGUCACCUCUGAGAAGGAAACCGACUCCAUCCUCGUCUACCCGACCAGAAUCAGUCCUCUCUUCGCGAAACCAAAAUCACGACAGUGCUGAAAAGGAAGGCAUACAUGUGUAUCAAGCUAAAGACAACAUAGAAAGCAGUACUGUAACAGUGAAUUCUCAACUACAAGACUUUCCAAUGAGAGAGAUGCUUCAAAGCAUGAACGGAGGGUAUCGCACAGGGAAGAGGAAGACACAACCACAAUCCCGCCGCUUUAGAAACCUCCUGAACAUUUUGGUGAGACAUCGAAGAGAAUCUCCGUCGUCGCGGACAGACUUGGCCACAACGACCGAGGACGACCGAUCGCUGAAGUGGCGGCUGAUAUCAAAGGCGUGCUGUCGGUCAGGCAGUCGUUUUGGAAGCAAGCCUCAUCCUACAGACUGUGACGAGGCGUCCAGGAAGUUUGUAUCCCGCAACAUUGCCGAACUAACGCACCUACAGCCCGUCUGUGUCGAACAAUUUUCCCUCUGUUGCAAGGCAAAACAGAAAGAAGGAGGCUACCUCAUUGACAGUAGCGAUGCAGGACGAGAAGAUCAACCAACAGACGAUAGCACUGAUCAGCGAGCAUCAUCUGAAACAGCGAUAUCUGACUCACCGACUGGAGCCAGUUCAUCCACAGCUGUUGGGAAAGAAAUAUCAACUCAGCAAGCUUGCUGCCUCAACGGACUAAGAACCGCCUACGACUCUGACAAGAGCUGCGUCGACGAAGGCAAGACUUACGCCAAUCAAACGGAUGCUGAUGAGCAGGAAUAUGCUGAUGCGGCAACGGCCUGCCUGGCGGAGUUCUCGCGAUGUUGCGAGGAGCUACGAGAGCAUGUCGGAGGGAGUCACCUGCCACAUGUAGAUGUGUCCACUCUACAACUAGUACAAGACCUGCAGUUAGAGCAACACUGUUGUAGACAAGGGUCCGUUGAGGGACUAUCACCUGAAGCAGACUGUGAGCAGAGUGCCACGGAGUAUGUCCGGCUACCGCUCAGAAAUUCCACCGACAGGCAACUGCAGUGUUCCGGCAAGUACACGGAGUGUUGCUCGGCAAGACAGGCUCAGAAUGCCAACCUAAUAGCACUGAUCUAUCCAAGUAUUCGUCACAACAAAACCCUAAAGACAGCUUCGCUAUUCAAAAACGUAACAACUGAUGAUGUUCAGAGCCAAAGCACUGACAUUGGCUCUAUCAUAGAUAGAAUUUGGACACUGGAACCCCAAGUAACAAACGUCUUACAGUCAGAAACAACGCCUUUAAGGAUGGAAGAGGAGGACUCUAGCCAGUCUGAACAGAGUUCGGCAGCCCUCACUAACUUUGACAGAAAUGGCAUGAUUCAACCUGUCACCGAAGUAGACAAUCCCAGUCAACUCGCUGAAGGUCCAACUACCGCCCCCUUGCGACCUGUUACUGAAGGACACAUGACACAGUCAAUCUUUGAGAGAUCAAGGGAACCCACAGCUAGUCCCAGCCCAAUGGCACAACGUUCACAAAGCCCACUGAGCUGGUACGACAUUGGCACCGACACGUUGGUAGUGCUCUCAAAACACAGGCGGACACUGCGGCUGUGCUGUCUGCAGGGUAAAGCGGUAGAUGUCGACACUGACCACCCAGAGUCCUGCCAACUGGACGCGGAAAGCUACACGAGUGGAACACGCCUAACUGACCGAGUGAAACAGUGCUGCAAGGACAUUUUUGUGCACUGCUGUGAAAGUAUGGACCCGGGACACAGGGGGACGACGUUAACUCGAGCCUCCGUCAGCAACAUCAGGCGGUUACUGACGUACAGCGGGGAGAACACAAACAGAGACAGAUACUACAGCUGAUCUGCAAAGAAACUUUCUGCAAGGAAACUGAACAUACAAUCUUAUCCAACCCAUUCUCCUAUGCAGAGCAUCACCGAUGGCUAGUACAAUAUACCUUGUGAUGCUCUGGGCUGAGUUUUUCCUUUUUUUUAUUUCUUUGGGGUUGGCCUCAGACCAGAUGUCAGCCAAUCAGAGAAUCACCUGACAGUUUUCCUUUAAUAGCUAAGCCAAUAAGGUUAGAGGCCAUAGCCAAGAAAUUGGAAACCUCAGCCCAAUUUUGCAGAGCCUCAAGAUGUUACAUUGUAUUGGUCACGGGUGAGACUUUGCAAGGGAGAAUGAUGCAACCCAAUGUAGAAACAGUUUUACCAAAUCUUUAGCCUUUUCUUUCCGCAUUUUUAAGACAUUACUGUCAGUCAGUGUAUACAGACUAUGAGACAAAAGCUGCACAAAAAAGGGAAAAAUGGAUCAUAAGCUGAUUAUAUGGAGAUGGAGCGACAAGAUGUGAUGAUGAUACUAUUCCACUACUGUAGACAUGGUGUAAGCUUUGUUGACAAAAAAAGAGAGCAAUUUUCAGAAAAGACUUGCAACAAUUCUAGCAUAGUUAGGACAUGUGUCACAAAGACAACAUACAAUGAUAUAACUGAAGCACAAUAACUAUGGUAAUGUACCAAUGGACCAAUCCUUAAAAGUCCCAUCCACCACCAAAAAACCUUGCCACUCUCUCAUUGGACUAACUGCUAAUAGCCAUUCUCUCAUUGGUGGAUCUACUGAUUAUAAAGGACAGUCAGGAUUGGUCUAUUGCUGUAUGUCUAACAUAUGUACUCACAGCUGGCAAUGUGAGAGAAAUACGAUACAAUCAUACAGAUUAUAGAAAAUAGAUUAUAAAUAAUAGAAUAAUGAUGACUGAAGUAGAUGCCUAUAUAUUCUGUCUUUGAUAGACUAUAUUAUAUUAAUUAUUCAUCGAUAAAUGACUUGGACUUGGAUUUAUGGCAGUGUGUACAAAAACAUAGAAACAAAUAAAUUGUCUUCAAGGCUGUUUUAAAAUGAUGAAGUGUUGAUUUCAAUGUAAACAAUAAAGUUAUCUGUAAAAACUUGAAUGCAAACUUUGUGCUAAAAGUUUUCUUUUAGACAUUAUAGCUUUAAUGAUGUCCAUAGAGUCCGGCUAUAUCCUACUCCUUCUUAUGAUUACAUCUAACCUGAAAAUUCUGCCAUUGCAACAGGACAAGACAUGAACAGUAUUUUAGACCAGCUUUAUUCAAAGUCAAGACUGAUAAAAUAUGACAACUUUUUGACAUACGUUUGGCAGAGUAUAUUAAUCAGGUGAGGUACAACUGGGCAAGAGUGUAACAACAUAACUGGUAAUGGAUAAAAACUUCAUUUGCAAAGAAAAUGGAAUGGUUUAGUUAGCAGCAAAAUAAUUCAUAUAUCGUCCCUAACUUCAUAGAUAGUGAAAACCUUUCUAUGGUGCAUUACCAUACAACUGAAAAUAUAUAGAAGAAAAGUGUGCAUGUUGUAACAGUGCUCCCUGGCAAAAUUGUGUGGAAUUUCACCUACAUGCCCUGAUUGAAAGGUUUUUGCCUUGAGCUUUGGACUAAAUUCCAAUACUGUACUUCUCCUAGGUUGCUUUGGACAAAGACCUUUUUUUUCUUUGAAUUGGAAAAAACAAAAUGAUGAUAGUUAUGCCUGGGGACUACUUGGAACUUCAAAUAUGGCAAAAAAUUGCCCUGUACUAUUACAUGCCAAAAUUCUUU